AGAGCACUCGGAGGAGGUCAUCUACGACCACAUGACCACAUUUGGCAACGUUAGCUUCGUACUGAAAACCACUACCGUGACGUACGUAGUGUUCGAAGAGCCCUCAGCAGUCGAGGCCAGUUGUCGGUGUGACUAUCUGGAUCAGUACCCGGUGACGAUCCGCUCGGUGCUGGACGGUUCCACCGGUGCGUCCAUCGAGACCUGUAUCUUGGAGCAAAUCGAUCAGAACAGCAGUCUGCUGGUCGACGAGGAGGAAGGUCAGAUCAACAAUUUUAUGCAGCUUUUGGACAUGGAGAACUUGGACGACUACUUGGAAGCGGACGAGAAGGACAAGAGUUCCGGCUCGGAUAAACCCCUCCUGGAGGUGGGCAAUGAAGAGAUCAUUGUAGCGGAGGAGGAUACUGUUCAGGAUGGUGAGGCAGGUGCGGAUGUUGCUGCAAUCGAGCAACGAGCACUGCAGUCACAGGAGAAUGCCAAGGAUUCUACUGUUCUGAUUGAUGAACGGACAAGGCGAAUAUUACAGCUGAGCGGCAACGAGUUGCGGCUGGAUGAUUUGCCUCAGUUGAUGGUAGCUGUGCGAAAGGUCUCCAAGCGUGUGAAGAUUGGUCCCAAGAAAAACAGUACGACUAAGCCAAGCGGAAAUGAAGAGACGACGUUAAAGAAAAAGAAGCAAAAAGAUGGAAAGGAGAAGAGUCCAGAGCGUAAGAAAAAGACGGGAGAUCCUGGAGUUAGUAAAGUGAAGAAGAAAAAUAAAGAAGAUAAGGAACGUAGUGCAGAGAAGAAGAAAGUGGAAGGAGAACACGUAAAAGAUGGCGUAGUCACGAGCAGCAAAGUGGAAGUGAAACAGGAGAAACCACCGGAAGAUCCAGGAGCUAGCAAAGUGAAGAAGAAAAAUAAAGAAGAUAAGGAACGUAGUGUAGAGAAAAAGAAAGUGGACGAAGCGCACGUAAAGGAAGGCGUAGUAACGAGCAGCAAAGUAGAAGCGAAACAGGAAAAAACACCGGAAAAACUAGAAAAGAAGCAUGUUGUGGAAAAUCAGGGUAAGAAUGUGUGCAUGUCAGCGGGUGCCAGUGAAAAGAAGGAAACCGUUCCAGAAAAACCCAAGGAAAGUACUGAAAGUAGUGAUAAGCCUCAGAAGAAAAAGAAGGAAGUUAAGGUGGAAAAAGAAGUUGAACCAGCAGCAAAACCGGAAAUUCCCAGUGAAGUUCAAGAAGUCAGUGAUAAACAAGCGGAGCAUCAGAAGUUAAGCAAAAAAGUGUUCGUGCAAUUAACGAAACUGUCUCCGGAGCAGAUUGAAAUUUUGUCCACGGUUCAAAAGAAGAGUGCCGCUAGUCAAGUGAAAGCUGAUGAUGUUCCAGUGAAGCAGGAGAAGAAAUCAGAAGUCGCUGUGCCAGUCAAAAAGAGGAAACCAGGUCCCAACAAGGAAGCUAUGAAAAAGCAUUUUGAGUCGAAAAAAGCUGGGGCGAGCGAAGAGAUUACCAAAAAGAGUGCAAAGCGUGUUCUCUCCGAUAGUGAAGAAGAACAGAGCAAAGCAUCAAAAGCGUCCCAGAAAACACCGGAAACCAGUCCAUCACAAAAGAAGCCCAAGAAACCGAAACAUGACAAGCCAGUCGAAAAGGAAUCUCCAUCGGAUACACAACAAGUGAAAAAGGAAGAGCCAGCUGCAAGUCUUGAAAAGCCAAUCGAAGAACCGACAACAGAUACCUAUGUGGAGAAAAUCGACCACACAACUGCUGAUAUUGCCGAGCCUGCUGUAGACGAAUCGAUAAAGAUUAGUGAGUCUGUUCCCGACAUUGCAAAUACGGUAGAAAUAGGCCAACUGGAGUCCAGCGCCAUCGAUAUGGAGUCCGAUGAAGAACAGCCGCUGGUAAUCGAUGAACCUCCAGAGGAAGUUAUUGAAACCCUGUCAAUCGAAGAGAAGAAGCAGGAACGGGUAUGCGUCGUUCUUGAUGCAAGAAGCGCCAGCUUGUUGAAAGGAAAGACGCACGGUGAAAACCGUUUGUUUAUUGACGUUCUACCGAAGCUACAGGUGAAACUGAAGCGGGUCUCCUCCUCAGACUAUGUCGUAGUAAGACCCAAAGAACAUAUUAAGAAAGCCGUCGAUCACCACGUGAAACCAGCGUCGAAGAAGGUAUCCUUUGACGAUUCGUCCACCAAGAAGAAGGAAGACAAAAUGGAGAAGCCACGUAAAACCAAUCUAGACAGAAUCGAUAGCAAGUUCCUGCCGGCUAAUUCCAAGCUUAAGUCGAAGGUUAAGUCUAAGACGGAUAUCAACCACAAGAAGCAUCUUCCGGUUCCUGAGCUGCCGAUCGAACUGAAGACUCAUCUCAAUACGAGCUUCAAAAUUCCCAAAAAGGAUUCCAAGGUGACCCCGGCAUCAAUCGAUCGUAACGCAAGUGAACUGAACUGCCUGCAUAAAGAAACGGUCGAUCCAGAUGCACAACGGAAACGGUAUCAAAAAGAACGCAAACCUCGUGAUCACACCAACAAAAAUCGCGACUGGAAACAGAACCGGGCCGACAAAUCCGGAGGACUACCCAAGGAGCGCGAACCGUCCCCGGUGGAUUUCUUUGACCCAUCUUUCGAUGAUCACUCUCCGUCACCGCAACGGGUUCCACCUACACCACCUCAAUCCGAUCCUGCAGUUGUCCCGGCUACUGGUCCUUCAAAACCAGCCCCUUGGAAGGAAAAUCGGAAAUUUGAAGCGCCAAAACGAGCAGAUAAACCUACGUUCCAGGAAAUAUGGAACAUUCCGCAGAAGAAACCGGAAGUCUGGGCGCAGCCGCCAUGGGAAGCCAAGAAUGCUGCGCCGAGCACGCUCGGAGGCGGAGAUACCUGGGAUUCCGAACCAGUGCAAAAGCCUCUACGUGAACAGAAUUUGCCAUCCGAUAGCAGAGACCGUUGGUCCCCGGGACCCAAGCCACGUGCCCAGCAGCAGAAAAACACCAUUGAUUCUGGAGAAUCUUGGUCCCCGGGUGGUGCCGCUCCAAGAAAUCCACAGCAAACGAACGACCAGCAUGCACCUCGGUCCACAAAUCCUCCCAAGCGCAGCAUGAUACAAGACAGGCCUCGCGGUAGGAGCAGAUCACCCCGACAAGAUCGGCUAAACAAUACCAUCUCUACGGGUGAUAUGUGGGAUGACGGAGAUCCAGUUUCAGCACCCCGCAAGGAACCAUCGCCGAAAAGAAACAUUAGUCAAAACCGUACUCAGAAUCCUCUAUUGGGAGGUGAUACAUGGGAUGAUGACGAUCAAGAACCCACAGGCUUAGCGUCAUCUCCAAUGGAUCGUCGAAGUCUGUCGAAUGAACCACCUGCCUUCAAUAGGCCAUCUCCCGAUCGACGAAGGCCAAACCAAUCGCCAGGCAGGACACGAUCACCACCUGAUCGACGAAGACGGAGUGCGGAUCGAUCCCCGGUCAGACCUAACCGUGCAGGCCGAAUGCAAUCACCCGAUCGAAGAAACUUCAGGCGAAGUCGAAGUCGGGAACGAUCUCCCAUGCAUCGAUCUCGAUCUCCAGCGCAGCAGCGACGACGAUCGUUGGAAAGAUGGAGACCAGGCGUGAGCCGAUCACCCGAGCGUAGAAACUUUGUACGUGAACGUUCGCCUCUCGACAGAAGGCGGCGCAGUCGCAGCAGAUCACCGCAGGGACGUCGAAGAGGACCUCCCUUUGAGGGAUCUCGUAGUCCUGUCCCACAGCCACGUACAGGUCUUAACCUUGCACCGACAGAUAUGUGGGACGCAGACAGGUCGCAGCCUCAGCGAUUGUCACCGAGGCGCGAUACUUUUCGAAAUACGCUGCUUUCCGGAGGAGGGAACUGGGACGAUGAUAUUGUGCCACUGAGAGGCAGAUCCGUCGAUUCACCACCGCGAUUGAGAGACUCGUUGUCCGAUCGUAUAGCAUUGCGUGAUCAAAGGUUCCCCAUGGACCGGUUAUCGCCCAGUUUUGAAAGAAGGCGGAGCCCAAGUCGCGAUCACGCUCGUGAUCGCUUGCUUUCCGGACGACGAGAGACCAGUUUUGAUAGGUCGCUUAUGUUCGAGGGUAGCAACAAUAGAUGGAACCGCGAUCGUUCGUCUGAUCGCAGGAAGCGAAGCCGUUCAAGAUCGCCAGAAAGGUGGCGCAACAGCAUGGAACACUCACCGGUUCAGAGAAGACGCAGCUUCGAGGAUAGAAGUCCGGGCUACCAGAAAACCUUGGACUACUGGAAGGCAGUGGAAGAUCAGGAGAUGGGAAACCUUUCGCCGAGUAGAUCAACUGGGGAAAGAAUCGAUUCUCCUGAGCGAUGGUCGCCACGUGAUAUUCUGGAACCUGGAGAUAGAUCAUGGUCCCCGCCUCCGCCGAAGGUUAGAGAAAUGGAGCGACACAAGAGUCGUAUCGACUCGGAAGAAAUCUGGGCAAAUGAACCUAAACCCAAAUACCAAAGGGAUGAGGUUGGUGGAUCGUACAGCCCGUCGACUGCUUUGGAUGCCAUCAGCUCCGAAGAUGAAUGUGAUUUUGGCAAGUCGCGGGGUGGCAGAAAAGAGCCUUCGGCAACGAUCCCGCUAAAACUUCCCCGGCGCAGCCAGUCUCCAAUAAGCAAGCUUUCUGUGGCAGCAGUUUCUGCACUCGAUCGUGAUCGAGACGCUUCACGGGAUUCCUUUGAUUCUAUUCCUUCAUAUAAUGAGGUCGAUCCUAAGACUUUUGGAAAUGAAGAUUCAAGACCUGCCAAGGAAGCUACUCAAUCUACUUUCAAGCCAAGUAUAAAAACAGAUAACGUACCUGAGAAUCUCUCUCCUAUGCCGCAGGCUGCCCCGGAUGAGAAGAAGACUGUCUUGGAAAACUUGAAACAGCGGGCGGAAAGACUAAAAAAGUUAGAAGAAAUGAAGCUUGCUAGGCAGAAGCUUUUAGCGCAGAUCAAAAACAAAACCACGGUAAACGUUGAAUCGACUACUAAGCCGGAACCAAAGCCAAGUGAAACCCAAGGGCAUGCGAUACAUACAGGACCGGAAUUCGAGAGUAAGCCUAUAGAUCCGCUUAAACCUGAAACUCCAACGGGUCCGCUUCCGAUGAUCAAUUUGCCCACUCAGCCUCCUGUAUCUGGACCAGAAUUGACCACAGCCCAGCUAGCCCAGAUUGUUUCAAUGAUUCCAGCCUGCCCACCCUUACCAGCUGUAGCUGUUCCCCUCCUACCCUUCGUUGCUGCUCCUCCACUACCACCUGGAGCUGCUCCACCGGUUCCGCCACUUCCUGCAGAUGCUCCUCCACCUCUACCUCCUGAUGAACCUCCGCCACCAGCGCCUCCCGCUCCCGUUGAGCUGCCUCUCCCUUCGAAGCCCUGGGAGCUCCCAUCCCACUUCCCUGUCAUGCUGCCUGUCGAUGUAAGUCAACCACCUCCUCAGUUGACCAAUCCCCUGUUCCAACCGAUGGAACCUCCACAAAUGGAGGAAGACAAACAGCCCUCUCAGCACUUCUCGAACUUCAACCAGGAUGAUCACGCUACCGAUUCGGGAAUGGCUCCCUCAGGCUUACUGGAUAGAUUCCGGCGUCCGCAGCCCAACAGAGGUCCAUUCUUCAACGCUCCUCAUGGAGACAACCCACGCAGUAUUGCCCCUCCGGAAGAAAAUAGGUUCGAUCGUGCGAAGAGUUUCAACAGGAACCAAUUCAACCAAGGCGGCAAUCGUGAUCCCCGUCCAAGCUUCAGUGGCCCAAAUUUCUCUGUCCCGGAUAUGCCGGAACAAAAUGAACCCACCUUUAGCUUCAACGAACAAACCUUGCAACAAGGUGGCAACCGUGAUCCGCGACAGCAAGGUCGCCAACAGUUUCAACAGCACCAACAGCGAUUCGGAGGCAACCAGCAGCAGCAGCAGCAACAACAACAGCGUGAUCCACGACAGAACCAUGCCGGCAACAUAUACGGCGGUGGCCGCGGACGAGGAGGUCGUUUCAACCGCAAUCAAGGCAAUAGGUUCAACAACAACAACUCUGGCAACAAUUUCAACAACCAAGGCAACAGGUUCAACAACAAUCGGGGAAAUAACUUCAACAACAACUUCGGUGGAAACUCGGACAACUUUGACGACAGUUUCAACUGCGAUCCGGGCAACGAUUUCUCGGACAAUUCCGGCAACAACUUCAAUGAUAAUUUCAACGAUGAUUCUGGCAACAACUUCGAUAACAACUUCAACGAUGAUUCCGGCAAUGACUUCAACCAUGGCUUUAACGAUAAUUCCGGCAACAAUUUUGAUAACAACCAAGGAAAUCGCUUCAACAGCAACAAUCCCGACAACAAUUUCAACAACGGUCAGAACAAUCGCUUCAACAAUAACGCUGGCAAUAAUUUCAACAACCAGGGCAAUCGUUUCAACAACAACCAGGCCAAUCGCUUCAGCAACAAUCCUGGCAACAAUUUCAACAACAAUAACCAGGGUAAUCGCUUCAAUAAUAAUAACCCGCAACAGCAGAGGUUCAACUUCCAGCGCAAUCAGCGAUUCAACAACAAUAGCAACAAUCGCUUCAAUAAUCAACAGCAGCAAAUGAUGCAACAACAGCAACAGCAGCAGAUGUUUGAUGAGGGUUGUUUCGAUAUGAAUGAAACGGAUGGUGGCGGCGGAGGUGGCAACAAUGACGCCGAUGAAUACUGGGAUAUGGAGUAGAAACAAUGUGUAAAUUAUCGACGGAAUGAUUCCGAUAGUCUUCGGAGAGCACGCAGAUUUGAAUUCGGAAUGUUUUAGCAUAAUUUUAUGUCUACACACAGAUAGCGUUGCUAAAUUAGUUUGCUUUAAGGUCAACAAUAUUGUAGAAUUUCAAAACCGAUGUGGAUAGAUUUUUCUAUCUUGUGUAUUUAAUAUAACAAAUUAAAUAAAACGAUGAAUGUGUACAGAUGUAGCCAACUCUUGAACAUAGAUGUGUUAUUUUGAUUUUAGAUCUUUGUUUAAGUACAAUACGCUUGACGCGGUAGGUUUUUUUUUCUUUUGUAGAGCUCUAGUAAUUAGAAGCAAACUAAACAAUGUUUUGUCACUGAAUUCAUGUAUUUCAAAUGCAAAAUACAAAGGCAAAAAUAAAACAUUUACAGUUGUACAUA